GAAGUCUACUUGAAUUAGAAACAAAAGACACGAUAUUAUCCUCUAUAACCAAUCGGCAGGUUUCAUCAUCUUUGCACUGUCGUCAAUGGAUUGUUUAAGCCACUUCUUUGAUUGGGAUCAACCUAUCCAGCUCCAGGAUUGCUUUAUUCCCGACGUGGAUACAACUAACCCCGAAACCGACAGUUUCUUCUUCCAAUCUCAACCUCAACUGCAAUACCAUCAGCCAUUGUUUCAAGAAGAAGCUCCUUCGCAGACUCUAUUAGAGCUCACUGACUUGGACUAUCUCUGCGACCAGUUUCUUCCUCCCCAAGAAACCUGUCUUCCUUACCCUAAAACUGAAAUCUUCAACGAAACACACGACCUAGAUUCAUUCCUCCCCACGCCAAAACUGGUUAACUCAAGCUACCAGUGCCACACUCGCAACCAUUUCUCAAGCCCUAGCCCUAAUUUCUUUAACUAUUACGACCAACUUGAUUUAGCUCCAGAAGCUUCCAUCUUCCCGAAUUUUCAAGUUCCGGAUUUCCCCUUGGAGUUCAAGGUAGGCCGAGGAGAUGAAGACCGCAGCAGUCACGGCACCAAGAAACCAUCGCUUUCAUCUCAGAGCAUAGCGGCUCGAGAGAGAAGAAGAAGAAUUACGGACAAGACUCACGAGCUCACGAAACUCAUCCCAGGUGGUCAGAAACUUAACACUGCCGAGAUGUUCGAAGCUGCAGCUAAGUAUGUCAAGUUCUUACAAAGCCAAGUUGGGAUUCUCCAAAUGAUGCAGAACACAACGAAGACGCAUAUCUCUGAUGCUGAAAUAGAAACUCGAGUUUUACUUGGAUCACAAGCAAUCCAGGAGAAACUAUCAACGGAUGAAGUAUGUCUGGUUCCGUGUGGAAUGGUUCGAGAUCUAGCAAGUGAAGAAUCCAUUUGGAGAAAUCCAAUGAUUUCUGGAAAGAUCAACAAGUUCCUAUCUGCUGAUAUGUCUAACAACUUCUAAUGUCUCAGUGCCCAAAUUGUGUCUGUCCUUGCUUAAUAUUGCGUUGUUAUUUAUGAUUUGUGUUGUUUCGUUAGUGGCUAA